AUGCAUCUCCUCUUACUCUGGCUGCUGGUGCUUCUGCCUCUGGGGAGGGCUGCCUGGCCCCUGGAUGGCCGCCAGAGUCAGAAUUCCGUUUCUCUGGUGCUCCUAGAAAGGAAUCGCAGGGAGCUUCCCAUGGGCAACCAUGAGGAGGCUGAGGAGAAGCCAGAUCUGUUUGUUGCAGUGCCACACCUGAUAGGUGCCAGUGCUGCAGGGCAAGGCCACAGACAGAGAGAGAAGAUGCUGUUCAGGUUUAGCAGAUUCUGGAAGAAAUCUGAGAGAGAACUGCACCCAACCCAAGACCCUGUCAAUGAGCACUUUCCACUUGGGACUCAGGCUCUCACUCAGUCAAAGGAUCGGAUGCAAAUGAAGAAGUCUCCUCUUCAGGAAGAAGCCAAGAAAUUCUGGCACCACUUUAUGUUCAGAAUGAGUCCGGCUUCUCAGGGAGUCAUCUUGCCCAUAAAAAGCCAUGAAGUGCAUCAGGAGACCUGUAGGACAGUGCCUUUCAGCCAGAGUAUCACCCAUGAAGACUGUGAGGAAAUAGUUGUACAGAACAAUCUUUGCUUUGGGAAAUGUGGGUCUAUUCGUUUUCCUGGAGCUGCACAGCACCCCCAUACCUUCUGCUCCCACUGCUCGCCUGCCAAGUUCACCACGAUGCACUUGUCACUGAAUUGCACUGGCCUUGGCCCUGUGGUCAAGGUGGUGAUGCUGGUAGAGGAGUGCCAGUGCAAGGUGAAGACAGAGCACCACGAGCAUGGACACCUCCUACAGGCAGGCUCCCAGGCAGAAUUUCCUGCCCAGGAUCCUUUCACCCCAGGAUUCUCAACUUAA